GUUAUUGUUAAUGUUACAUGCCGGUAAACCGAAAAGCCAUAGGGCAUACACGCAGCUGCAGCCUGAGGGCAUCUGCAGCCACAUCUGCGGGGCCUACAUAAGUCUUCAGCCUAGCAUUGUUUCAUAUCUCAUUGCAACCUUUUACCGCUCUGGAUAUACCGGAUAUAUCGAACACAUAACCCUGGAUAUCCGAUACUUUUGGCCUGCCAGCAAUACAACACUCGCAACGUUUGAACACAACUAUGGCAAAUCAUGCAGUCAACAAGUAAGUGCUACAUUGACUAAAAUAUGCUCAUGGAUCCAGUAAAGCCAGGCUGGCAGUGCCUGGCACGAACAUUUUCGAUCCAAGUUUCUCAAAAUGCCAAGUCGGUGGCAUCUGUAAUCACACUUAUUGUAAGAUUGUAUCACGCAUCACGAUUUAGUCUGCACGCAUUCGGGAGCUAUGAUGAGGUCGACCUUCACUUCAAAUGCUCUGACUCUAAACUUGAGAGCGGCCCGCCUAGGCCAUGCAAAUUUAAACCCCUUGUCUUUACUUUAAACAUUUUGUACAGUGUGUUCUGAGUUGCUUCGGUACUCAUGAG